AUGCUACGUUUUAAUACCAUCUUACUAUUCCAAACAGCCUACGGCCAACCGGUUACCACGCAGCCGCAAUACGUUCCGAUACCAUCGUCGUUCCAACCGUCGCCUGGCAUGUGUCCAGUGUGUCAUCAGCAGUGCACCACCAAAGUUGAAUUUCAAAAUGGCGCCUUGACCUGGGGGCUCUGCGCACUCAUUGCCAUUCUCGGCGGAAUUUUGGGGUGCUGCAUCAUACCCUUCUAUUGUGACAGUUGCAAAGAUGCAACACACUCUUGUCCACAGUGCGGAACGAUUAUCACCACAGUGAAACGAUGCUGAAUGCCGGAGCUGAUUGCAAGUAACUUCACCACAAGGAGAACGUGCACAUCAAAACCUUAAAUUCCUUUGUGCAACGCACAAAACAUGAUUUUUGUACUUUUGUCAUUAUCUAUUGUGGGUUGAUAAAGCAAAUGAUUUAUGCAUAGUUGCUAAAAGUUACAGCUCUCCCGCUGGCUGUGGAUUAACACC